UUUGUUUAGUAGAAUCCUUAUCAUGCUAUGCAAAAAAGGAAGUGAGCUCGUGUUCAUCCAUUCUUUUGACUUUUGACAUACCUAAAUUCGAAUUAAAUCUUAGCCCUUGAUUCGAAGAUUUUGAUUUUGAGUUAAUUUUCAUGGUUUUGAAGCAACAAAACCUCCCUUCCUUUUUAGAAGGGGACGAUGUUCCAUUUCUCACAUGUCAUUUUCUUUGAGUUCUGAUUGUGCACGUAAAUUGUUGUUGUUUACUGUAUUAUUGUUCAUUGAAAUGCAUGCGCCAAAAUUUUGAAUAGAUUGCCACAAUCUUUUACAUAUCUUAUGCCUUGAGGUUUCUGCAUUUAGUUCUGUUAUUUAAGUCUGUAUUGACACUUGAAAUAUCCAUGAAUUUCCUGAUUUCUGAAUCCUGAAAACUGCGGAAAUUCUCAUGGGCACAUUUAUAGGGCACAUUGGACCUGGUUUGGCCCUCAGCUUCCUUGGCUUAUGGCACGCUGUCAACACUAUCAGAACAUACUGCCUUAGAAGCUCUGAUAAGUUUACUGUAAAGUUUUGGUAUCCGCUUUAUGGCCCUGUCUCCAAUCUUAAAUACAUGGAGCUUGCACUCAUAUUGUCUUUCUCCCUGCUAGCCAUUUUCAUGCAAGUUUUAGACUUCCCUUCCCUUCGAUUUGCCUUCAAGCUUGACAACUUUGAGCAUGCAAGCAUGUUUCUCCACCUUGUCAUAUUUGCAGGUUUUACCCUUUUGACAGAGUUAACUCAGUCAUCUGAUAUCCUUUCCGGAGUCACUGGUAUCCUCGCAGCGUCUGUUUUUGGUCAAGAACUUUUCCUGCUUCAUUUCCAUUCAGCAGAUCAUGUUGGACUUGAAGGCCAUUAUCAUUGGCUAUUGCAACUUAUAGUGUUUCUUUCUCUAUUAGCGGCCUUAGCAGCAACUGCUUUCCCUAACAGUUUUCCUGCAGCUCUUGUUCUCUCACUUUCAGUUAUAUUUCAAGGGUGCUGGUUUGUGAACAUGGGUUUUAUGCUUUGGGUUCCUGAAUUUGUUCCUAAAGGUUGCUAUAUGCAAAUGGCCAGGACCAAUACUGCUGAUAAUAUUCUUGGAGCAGUCACUUGUGGAUCCCAUGAAGCAGAUUUGAGGGCAAAAUCACUGGCUAACUUGCAGUUCAGCUGGAUAAUUGGAGGAAUUCUUGCAUUUACAGGAUUUCUUUGCCUGAAAUUAGCCGGGACGCCAUCGUCUCCUGGACGGCAGUCAACUGAGUAUGAGCAACUGCACAAUAAAGUAGCAGAUGUCCCAAUAACCAUUGAAGGCUUCAAGCAAUACCAUCCAUGAAGAUUUUGUGAUCAGUAAGUUCCUUAGAAGGACAAGCUCAUGUCAUGUGUAAUAAGCUUAUCCAAGUUCAAUCUUAUCUAUUGGCUGCUCAGGUGGUUGUAAUAUCUUCUUCAUUCCAAAUUAGGUUUUGAACUGAAAUCUGUGAUAUGAAGAAGUGUUAAAUUCAACCUAUGGUUUCUUUGAA